GUUUUUUUUUCUCUCUCUCUACUACUACUACUAUUACUAUGAUCUUUUGAGCUUCAAACUUAAGCAUUCAGCUUCAUCUUGAGUUCAAAAUCUUUCCUUUCCUCCUCUUAUAGCAAAACAUGAUGGAGAUAGAAGCUGCAACAAGUGGAAGUAGCAAUAGUAGUGGCUUUGAUAGGGGAAGCUACUUAGCAUGGGAAGAUCUAAAAGUUUUUCUUCCAAAUUUUGGAAAAGGACCAACUAAGAGGUUGCUUAAUGGCCUCAAUGGUUAUGCUGAACCUGGAAGGAUCAUGGCUAUUAUGGGACCUUCUGGCUCUGGAAAAUCCACACUCCUUGAUUCACUUGCAGGUAGGCUCUCAAAAAAUGUGGUCAUGACAGGAAAUGUUAUUCUCAAUGGGAAGAAGAAAAACCUAGGCUAUGGCUUUGUUGCGUACGUAACACAAGAGGAUGUGGUGCUGGGAACCCUAACAGUGAAAGAAACGAUAUCGUAUUCGGCAAAUCUAAGGCUUCCAACAUCAAUGUCGAAAGAAGAAAUAGAGAACAUCGUGGAAGAAACAAUCAUAGAGAUGGGACUGCAAGACUGUGCUGACAGGUUAAUCGGAAACUGGCACCUCAGAGGGAUAAGCGGCGGGGAGAAGAAGAGGCUCAGCAUUGCCCUUGAGAUCCUCACAAAGCCAAGCUUGCUGUUUCUUGAUGAACCUACCAGCGGCCUCGACAGCGCCUCCGCGUUCUUCGUCGUUCAGACUCUCCGCAAUGUCGCUCGUGACGGCCGCACUGUCAUCUCCUCCAUUCACCAGCCUAGCAGCGAAGUCUUUGCUCUCUUUGAUGACCUUUUCUUGCUCUCCGGCGGCGAAACCGUUUAUUUUGGAGAAGCUAAAAUGGCCGUUCAGUUCUUUGCUGAAGCCGGAUUUCCUUGUCCACGUAAAAGGAAUCCUUCUGAUCACUUCCUAAGAUGCAUCAAUUCUGACUUUGAUGUUGUCACGGCUACACUCAAAGGAUCUCAAAGAAUUCACGAUGUUCCAAAUUCAGCAGAUCCUUUCAUGAAUAUGGCCACAGCACAAAUUAAAGCAAUGCUGGUUGAUAGAUAUAGGCGUUCAACUUAUGCAACAAGAGCAAAGGACAGGAUUCAAGAACUAUCUACCAAUGAAGGGCUUGAAAAUGAGAGACAAAAGGGAAGUCAAGCAACUUGGUGGAAGCAACUGAGGACAUUGACAAAGAGAUCAUUUGUGAACAUGUGUAGAGAUGUUGGAUACUACUGGUUGAGGAUCAUAAUCUACAUCAUAGUUUCAAUAUGUGUUGGAACUAUCUAUUUUGAUAUUGGCUAUAGCUAUACCUCAAUCCUAGCUCGUGGUGCUUGUGGUGCAUUUAUCUCAGGCUUCAUGACAUUCAUGUCUAUUGGAGGCUUCCCAUCAUUCAUUGAAGAAAUGAAGGUUUUCUAUAGAGAAAGGCUUAAUGGAUAUUAUGGAGUUGCAGCAUACAUUCUAGCCAACUUCCUAUCUUCUUUCCCUUUCUUGGUUGCAAUUGCUCUUACUACAAGCACCAUCACAUACAACAUGGUGAAAUUCAGGCCAGGGAUCAUUCACUUUGUGUUCUUCACUCUCAACAUCUAUGGUUGCAUCUCUGUCAUAGAGAGUCUCAUGAUGGUUGUAGCUUCUCUUGUUCCAAAUUUCCUAAUGGGGAUCAUCACAGGAGCUGGAAUCAUUGGAAUCAUGAUGAUGACCUCUGGAUUCUUCAGGUUGCUAUCUGAUCUUCCAAAGCCAGUUUGGCGCUACCCAAUUUCAUAUAUCAGUUAUGGUGCAUGGGCAAUUCAGGGUGCAUACAAGAAUGACUUGCUUGGACUUGAGUUUGAACCUAUGAUACCAGGGGACCCAAAAUUAACAGGAGAAUAUGUGAUAACACACAUGUUGGGAAUUGAAUUAAACCAUUCAAAAUGGUGGGACUUAGGAGCACUAUUAUUGAUCCUCAUAGUAUAUAGGCUUUUGUUCUUCACCAUACUCAAGUUGAAGGAAAGAGCAUCUCCAUUGUUUAAAAACCUUUAUGCAAAGAGAACCAUUCAGCAACUUGAAAAGAGACCUUCAUUCAGAAAAAUGCCUUCUUUCCCUUCCAUGAGGCAUCAACCACUCCACUCUUUGUCUUCUCAAGAGGGUCUUAAUUCUCCACUUCAUUAGACACAGCACAAGACUUUUAUAUCAUAUAUCAUAUAAUUAAUUCAAUUUGUCUCCUGGAUUUUCGGAUUGCCUUGUUAAUUAACAUGUAUACCAAAUUUCAAUUUCAAUUGUUCUACCAGCUUAUGUGUAUAGAGGAAAUUAUUAAUGUUUCCACAAUCAAUUAAUGAACCACUUCAAUUAA